UCAAAUUAAUACCGCCUUUUAAUUCCUUCCUUCUGCUCGAUUUCCUCCCUGAAUUAACACUGAGACAGCUAAUGCCAAAUCCGUCGUCGUCACUCCAAUCUCCAAUUCCGAUUCCGUUUCCAUUUCCAUGGGCAACUGCGUCUCCUGCUCCUGCACCCUCCCCGCCGGCGCCAUCGGCUCCGGCGCGAGCUCCAUUCAGAUCAUCUUUCCCGGCAGCGCCGAAGCCCGCCACAUCGACGGGCCGGCCACCGCGGCCGAGCUCAUGCUCGACGCGCCCGGCCACUUUCUCGUCCGCGCGAGCUCCCUCGGCGUCGGCAGGCGCCUCGUGCCCCUCCCGGCCGAUAGGACCCUGGAGGCCGGCGAGGUCUACGUCAUGCUCCCCAUGCGGAGGGCGAACGCGAUCAUGACGACGGCCGACGUGGCGGCGCUGGCGUCGCCGGAUGCCGCCGCGCCGGUGGAAGCGGGGCCGCUCGAUGCGCCGAAAUCGGAGAUGGACGAUAUGUGGUCGCGGAGUCUGAGGACGUGCCGAUCGAGGAGACCGGCACUGGAUACGAUCGAUGAGGAGGAUAAACCACAGGAGAAGAUUGAAAAACUAUACAUGUAA